GAAAAGAAAUACACAUUAACAACCGGCUUUCACAGGAGACAUCAGUUUCCCCUUUCCCGUAGGACAGGGAAACGUUAGCUUGGUUACAGAAUACCAUAGACUCCAAAUGCCAUAUAUUUAAACAAGAAAGUUACUUUUUAAGCUAACGCUAACUGUAGUGCGUGUAGGGGACAUGAAGUGCCAGUAGGACACAGUGGAAAGGACACACACACACACACACGCUUUCUUCGCCCUCUGGUUUAGCCUAGCUUCAGAUGAACUCCACAGAGGAGCCGGGAGAACCCAGCAAACCCUCACGCGGUGACAGGACACUUGCUUUGGCUGUUUGCUCUGCUGCCAUUGGAGGCACUUUCCAGUAUGGCUACAACAUCUCAAUUAUCAACGCCCCUACCAGCUACAUCCAGAGCUUCAUCAAUGCCACCUACAUGGAGCGCUGGGGCAUCAGCUUGGAGGCCCCUCAGGUGACUUUAAUGUGGACUCUGAUUGUGUCUGCCUUCUCCCUGGGCGGUUUGCUAGGAGCUCUGCUAGCAGGACCCCUGGCCGUCCGCUUUGGCAGGAAGAACUCGCUGCUUCUGAACAACUCUUUCCUAUUUGUUGGUGCUGUGUUGGUGCUUGCCUCCAGGGUGGCGAAAUCCAUUGAGAUGAUCCUCUUUGCUCGUUUCCUGGUGGGGAUAAACUCCGGCGUCAGUAUGAAUGUCCAGCCUAUGUACUUUGGGGAAAGCGCGCCCAAACACCUCCGGGGUGCUGUGGCUUUUUCCUCUGCUGUUUUCACUGCAUUUGGGAUCUUCUUGGGCCAGAUUGUGGGACUGACUGAGCUGUUGGGCACAGAGCCUCUUUGGCCCUACUUACUUGCUAGUAACGCUUUGCCAGGGUUGAUCCAGCUCCUUACCCUACCCUGGUUCCCCGAAAGCCCCAGAUACCUUCUCAUUGACAGGGGGGACAAGGAAGCGUGUGUCCGGGCGCUUGGAAGGCUUCGGGGUGGGGAAGCGCCGGUUUUGGAGAUGGAGGAGAUGCUUCAGGAGCAGCAGCAGCAAAAAUCUGCAGCCUUGGAUUCUGGAUCCACAGGUUCAGCCAAGACGCCCUGGACCCUGUUUAAAGACCCCGACCUGCGUUGCCAGCUCAGAACGGUCAUGGCAGCCAGCAGUGCCAUGAUGCUCUGCGGCAAUGACUCCAUCUACUUCUACGCUUACUACAUCUUUCUCGCAGCAGGGAUUCCUCCAGCGAAAAUUCAAUACAUCACCAUCGGCACCGGGGCAUCAGAGCUAAUCGCCUCUAUUCUGAGUAAUCUACUGAUUGAGCGUGUGGGUCGCAGGUACCUUCUUGUGGGAGGGUACUCUCUUAUGUGCAUCUGGACUGUAGUCUUCACCGUUGCGCUAAACCUCCAGAUGGCUUACCUCAGUAUGGCAUGUGUGUUCGCCUACAUCCUCAGCUUCGGCUUGGGCCCCGCAGGGGUGACGGGGAUCUUACCCGCUGAGAUCUUUGACCAGGCGGCGCGGCCGGCAGCGUACAUGGUAGCUGGCUCAUGUAUGUGGAUCGGCCUGUUCUUGGUGGGCAUGCUGUUCCCCUUCAUCGUCAGAACCCUGGGGGACUUCUGCUUCCUGCCUUUCUUGGCCGUGUGUUUGGUGUCCGCUGUGUUUUUGGGGCUCACCCUACCAGAGACUAAAGGCAAGACGCUGGCUGAGAUCACUGCAGAGUUUGAUAGCAAGAAUGGUGUGAAGAAGGAGCGGUCGGGCAUGCAAGGCGAGGAGCCCAUUGGGGAGGACUACCAGCUGGGUAAAGCCUGCUCCUUCACUAGCCUAACGCAAGAUCCUGACGCUAAACCUGACCCUGGUCUCAGAUUAGGGAUUGAUAUUUAACGUCCAGUGAAAGUGGAAA